AUGGAUAGAAUUUGGAUAAUAUUUUUCCUAUUGAUUAUCGCCAUCAUUUACGGGCAAACGAAGGGACAAUCAACAGUGAAUGUACAGCUCGUGGUUAAAAAGUACGUUGAGCGGGGCAGUGCCGUGGCACUUUAUUGCGAAAAUGAUGUUUUGCCAGACAUCCUCUACAAGGUGACCUUUCUCAAAGAAGACAGCAAAAUUUUUGAGUAUAUUAAAGGACGAAGCCCACCGUACCGAAACUACAGUAUACCUGGUGCCGAAAUUGAUUGGAAAAAGGUGACUCCUUCAACGCUCACCCUGAAGAAUGUGGACUACGAUGCAUCCGGUUCGUACUACUGCGAGGUGUCCACCGAUACGCCCAUCUUCACCAAAGCGUCCAACGAUGAAAUGCUGCACGUGAUGUUACCACAAAAGGGACCACCGAACAUUGAGUUUGCCAAAGAACAACUUUAUUACGGUGAUAUGCUCAUCGCGAACUGCACCACAUCGAGAGCCCGCCCAUCGCCGCACAUUACGUGGUUGAUUAAUGGCAAACUGGUGGAUGAUGUUCACGUACGGCAGUUACAUCACAACUCAAAAAAUAGUCAUCGCUCGAAAGUGCAGCCCCCGCUCGGACAGCAAACGACAGUUUACCACGGGAAGGUCAUCGGUUCCGGUAGCAGUUCUUCCAGCAGUGGUAGCUUAAAGGAACUGAAACAACGAACGAAAGCGGUGGAAAACGACUUCCAGGACAAACUAACCAAAUCCACCAGCUCGAUGGGUUUGGGCGGUGGUGUCGGUGGUGGCAACGGUGGCUACUCCGGUAGCUUCGAGAUUCAGCCCAACAUCGGGUACAACAGCUUCGAGAGCGGCUACAACUACGGCAUCAAGAUGCAUCAUCCCGGCCGGGAGCGAAGCGGGGGCAGUACGAUCGGGUUGCUGAACGGAGCAUUCGGCGGUUCCGCGUACGGCAGCUUUGGCGGGAUGGCUGGGCUAGGUUCGCUAGGCACCGGGCCAGGCCUCGGUGCGCCCGACAUUAUUGUGGAGGAGAGUGAUAAAAAGACUUGGCCGCGCAAUGACUACAACUAUAACUAUAACCAGUACUACGACAAUAAGCAGCUACAGCAACAACAGCAGCACUACGACAAUGGCUACCGAAAGCAUCGUCCUUCGUUCGAGCACAAAUAUCGACGGCACGUCAACGAGGGCGAACAGCGCAAGAGCCAUCGGGUGUUCGCCUCCUACAGUCAGCUAUCGAUCCGCAUCACCGAGGCACUGACGGACAGCCUCGGUCGGAUAGAGAUCACCUGCCUAGCGACCAUCCCAGCGCACGUAGAGCCGGGCGAGCAGUACGCCGACUAUAAGACUUCGUUGAUCAAACUCGACAUCGAGCGGAACGAUCAAACAUCACCCCAGCCGUCGAUGAGCGGUAUGGCCGCGUUCGGCAACUCUGGUGCCGCGCAAAACAGCUUCCAUUCGGUGCCGGUGCGCAGUCGUUCGGCCGUCGCACUCACCGGUGCUUUAUUGGCCCUGGGCGUCGCUUACCGCCGCUUCCGACCACAGUUGGUGUAA